CGUAGUUUGCAUCGGUGAUUCUACUUUUGAACAGCAUUCAUAGGAACGGCGAACCAUGUCAAGCGCUGGCGACGCAACUAUAUUCAGUGAUGGUGGUCACAGCAGUAAUCGCACCCACCUUCUCCUGUUGGGCAUCAGUGCCACACUGGCCAUAGGGAUAUGCGUCGCAGCGGUCUUGGUGCUUUUGGCCAUUUUCAGAGACGUAAACCGAGUGCAAUCCAGGCGGCAGCUUAAGGAGCCUCAGCUGACCGGUCACGGGACAGAAUCGUCGGUCAUGCCUUCUCACCAAACGAGCAAAAGUACCAUCGUGGAGAGUGGAACUAAACCAAAUACAUUUGCAACAGCGAAUGGAAAGCACACUAUUUCAUCGCCGGCAAACUCAGCAGGCAAGCAAGCCCUCAAGCACUACGCUGCGGAAGACUUAGAGCUGCCUCCGAUACACAAGCCACUUCCUAAGCUCAAUAAUAGCCACAUGAACCAGUCUAAAAAGCCAGAGCGCUUCAAACACCAAUUCUAUAUGAGAAAGGCCACUCAUGCUACUAAUAUCGCAAGAGGUCUCGACGUAGGAAGCAAAAAGCGGACGCUCCGUCCUGGUCUUAUGCCUCUGUUGAAAGGCAACCCCACACAGAAGUGGCGAUUUCUCACAAGUACGGUACCCAAAACCACCGCUGCCUUCCAUCUGAGGGUAGCGAUGCAUCAACCAUUCUUUCGCACAAGACGGACCCGUAAGUGGAACCUCGUAACAGGGGAAAUACCCAGAAUACUUGCCACCAAAACCACGAGCCAUAUCGAGACUCUUCCCACAAAACGCGCAAGGAAGUGGCGCGUUGUAACGAUGCGAAUACCUCGGACACGCUCCACGUCCACAAGACAGACUACUGCAAUGCGUCGCGUGAGUCCUACUCGAAGAUGGCGCGUUGUAACGAUGCGAAUACCUCGGACACGCUGCACGACCACAAGACAGAGUGCUGCAAGGCGUCGCGUGACUCCUACUCGAAGAUGGCGCCUUGGAACGAAGAGAAUACCAAGAACAGCCAGUACUACGAUGCGCUAUUCAUCUUCUGGUAAUAGUCGCUUCCGGAUGUCACCGGCUAUGACAAGCCCCGAAACAAAAGCUCAUACGGCGAAAGGUAGAGAACGUACGUUGAGGUACAAUAGAAGCUCAACCGCAUCUACAGUGCGACAGUCACAUCCAUGGAUAGGAGGCGGCUCCGUAGUCUCAAGCAAGAAACCCUCCAGCCGUUACAGUAGGACAACGCAGCAUUCUUCAUCAGGGCACACAAAGUUGGCUGACAAAGCUCAUGUGUCGAAUUUUACUGGAAGGCGUAGCAGUACAAACAGAAAUCAAGGCGUAUCCCUUCAUACUGGGGAGGCGGCUACGGGUCCUCAAUCGCAGGUUGUCUCACAACACAUUACUCAAACAGCAACGGGAUUACACAAAGGACCUACGUUGCGUGCUUCCAAGGCGCACAACGCCACUGCAACUCAUUUUCAGACAACUACACCAACGAUUGCAUCCGAAGCCAUCAAUGCGGACACUGCGAGGCGAUAUCCUCUAGGGAGGUACAAGACGAUCCACAUUUCGAAGCCCAGACGGGGAACAACAACCCAGGUGACAGGCCGUGCACUAGCUACAGUGAAGAAAACUGUGCAUACCAAUCCUGCGACGGCAAGAACGGCGAAGCGGUAUCCACGUGCAAGAUACAAAAUAGUUGUCGUUCGUAAGACUAAGCCAGUCCCGCUUAGCACCUCCAGCAGUACGGCCGUGACAACUAGCAGAACACCUCCUGGUCACCCAACAGCGGAAAUAUCGGCACACGCAUCCACCCUUCGUGGCACAGCUACAUCUGACGCCUAUUCUGCCACUGUCGGUUAUACCACGACGAGACACGAGGAGAAAUCCAGUACUCCAGUGAGCGAUAUGAGAAAGAGCCCGUCUGACCAAGCUACAGCACUAGCUGACCUGACUGUGUCUUCUGCGCGCAGCGAUCGUACGCGUUACAGCUUGUUUACCAACUUGUUCAUUGACGUCGGAAUUAACGUGAGACAAGAUAAACGUCACAAACGUCGUAGCACCACAUAUUCGACGAGUGAUUCAUCUGCGACCCGUGAUGGCGGCGGUGAGUCAGGGAACCGCAGUUCCCAUACCAUGACGGCACCUGAUAUAGCGAAAGGCACAAGCGAGGGGAGUAGUACAAACGCGACGUUUCCGCAGUCUGACGAAUCUACAAGUCAUGCAAGUCAUGCCGAUACAUAUGGGCUACUUCCUCGCACGUGGACGACACUCUGGAACUUCCAGGAUACUCUGGAGACUUCUGACGCAUUAGCAAGUGACGAAACAUUCGCUAUAAAUAUAGAGUACAGGAGGCCUAGGAAAUUUGAGCUUUUCCCAGUGAUAACUCCCACGACUAUAAAACACAGCGAAACGGCUAAGAUAACGAAGGGACUAACUGCAGAUUCCGUUAGUACCGCUACCGAAAACGCGAAUCCACGAACACAAGGUGUGAAUGGAGAUACUCCACUCCAGAAGAGACCUAGAAGACGUACAAAAUUCAAACGAAUCGGCCAUCGAUUUUCGACGAAGUUACAUCAUCACCUUCGAUACAACGAACCGCAACCAACUGAACCGUUGGACAAUAUUUACCACGGUUCGAAUUAUUUUCUCUUCGAUGACAUUGGCAGCACGGGCUCCAAAGAUGGAAAGACUGCCGACCCUUUCGAAGUCAUCCCUGUCCACGAUGAAGAUAGUCCAGACUAUGACGCGGAUGAUUCUAGCGACAUCAUUCACCUGACCGAAACGUCCCUCGUUACAGUACCUGUUACAGUUUCGAAAACUCUGAUGUCCUCGUCAAGGAAGUCCAUAACGCUACAACCAUCGAAUAAGAAUAAGCUUCACCAGACAUUAGUUUCUGCAAGCUCAGAGACAUCACAUUCCUCUGGCAAAACUUGGACACAGACCACGCGUCCGGCUUCGACGAAGAACACUGCGGCAAGUACAAAGCCAGUAAGCAGCCCUACAGCUAAGACGCAGGAGAUGACGCAGGAUUUCAUGAACUAUAACUACAAUUAUCCUGACGAACCGCCGAAUAUCCACAGAAAUCCUGGAGGUUUGGAAGAGGAGCACGACAGAGGAAGAGGACUUAAUGAAAUGACCGAAAGCCCGCUUCCGCUUAUUAUACGUUUUGAUUAGUUAAAUGCGCUCGAAGAUAGCAACUGAAGACUUACUCACUUGUUAACGAUUGAGUGUUGAUACACUAAUAUUGAAGCUGAACCUGGGCACAUAAACCAACGGAGAAAUA